AUGUCUCGCAUUCCCCGUCCAACCACAGAGUCCACCCAGGACUCCUCCAGCCGUUUCGGCAGCUUGAGGGGCUCCAUGCGCAAGGGGUUCCAGAGCCUGCGCGAGACGCUGAAGAAGAAGGACCCUGCUGCUCCAUCAACUGACCGUCGCAAGAUCUCGGCGCCGAUCAUGAAACAGGUUGAGGUAGAGAGCGGCGUCAAUACGGUGUCAGUGCCUGCUCCCCUCGAACUGCCUUCGCCUCCGGCUCCGCCCCGCCAACCCGUUCGCAGCAUCAGGUGGGAACAAGGAGUACAUGUACCGAGCUGCGUAAGUAUGAGGCCGGGACCUGCCCCUCGCGAGCUGCUUGCACUUCCCCUGAGCAUGCGCAAAUUCAAACAGGAGGGGAAAGGGUAUGAACCGAACGGCACCGAUGCCGAUCUCUAUCCUCGUCCUCUCUCUGUCGCUUCUCACCUGCAAAUUCUGCCUCCAAAAAGGGAGGAGAGAGUGCCCAAAGAUUUGGGGCCACAACCUCUUCCCCUCGCUGCAGCUCCGCCUCGCCUACCCAUUCGCAACCCGGAGCGCAACGGUAUCAUCAUUCCCCCUAGUAGGGAUAUGGUGGCAGAUCAGGCGCGUGUACCAGAGCCUCUCCACAAGUUCAAGCUGAGGAAGCCUGAUUUGGCCGUGCGCGAUUCUUUUGCCAGAGAGCUGCCGUCACCGCCGCCGAGUGAGCCGCGGUCGUCGCCUUCGGUCGAAGGAGAGGAGCAGGUGGAGGCGGCUACGGGCAUUGUAUCCACUCUCGAUGCGGCGCAGCAGCCGGGGCAGGAAUACCACGUUACAGAGGGGAGCACGGCUGCGGUUUCCGAGGUAGUCGUGGAGAAAGCGUCACCGUCGAGCGAUGCAAAAGGUGCGUACUCUCCGGACGCCUUCACCGACCGCAUACAGUCCAUCACAGAACGCAUGGACAGUAUCAAAGUCAAGAUCGCCGAAGGCGUCGAGAACGACGAACACGAUCCUGUCUUGGAAGCGCGGGGCUCGCGGAUCCUGGAGCAGGUCACGAGUCUCAAAGAGGAAGUUGCGAACGCACGCCAUUCCAAGUACAUCCUCAGUAAAGAGGAAAUCGCGAGCAUUGAGAGCGAGUGUCAGCCUCGUGCUCCUGAGUUGGUCGAUGUGAUGAUGACGGCACAGGAGAAAGUGGAUAAAUUAGUGGAGGAAGCACGGAGGUUGGCGGCGCUUGUGGAGGCUGAGGAAGAGAAAAAGAGAGUGCAAGAAGAAGAGAGACAGGAGGAUGAAGGGAAGAGCAAGCCGCCGCCAGAUGCGCCCACAGCGCCGAAAGCGAUGCUUGUACGCCGAGCGGAACGCGCUGCCCAGGGUCAGCAGCAGUCCCACUCCUGGGGACGAAACGGGCCUCCGUCUUCAGUCCAAAGACAGACCAGAAGCGGUGGGAAUCGGUCCGGAAAUGGGCGUCCCAACCAGCGGAUGCCAUACAACUCGCAGAGCAUGCCUCGUGGCGGAUAUCGCAAUGCGGCUCCAAACCCUUCCCGCCAUCGCAUUCCACAGAGCAGACCGGGAGGUAACCUGGAAAGUGAACCGCAAGGUCACUUUCGAAACGGUUCUCGCAGCGGGCCUCCAGGACAGCCCGCGACGCCUUACGAGACGUGGACCAUGCCGCGCAGAGGCUGGCCCCAGAAUCACGGCUACAACUGGCCGCAAAGAACGCCACCGAUGAAUCCGAUAUGGCACAGUUCGUCGGGAUCAGGCGCCGCUCCAUAUACUCCGGGUCCGCCAGGUUACUUUCCGGGCUACAGCCCAUAUGGGCCCUUUGGUUCGAUAGGCGGGUAUGCGCCGUGA